CUGCUGUGGCAUCAUGACCUGCUCCCACAACGUGGUCUUUCUCCUGGACACAGCCUGUUCCGUGCAGAAGGCUCCUCUUCAUCUGGGCACCUUGAAGAUCCUGAACUAUUUGGGUUGCAGGUUCGGCCUGGCCAAGGUCCGGUGGGGCUUCAAGUUCUUUGACUCCUUCAGUGUCCAUGGCAGAAUUUCACGGGUUGGUAGUUUCCGCGAACUUGGUUCUCGCAGCUGGGAAGACUUCGAAGAGGAGCUGGAGGCCAGGUUUGACAACCGUUACUUCACUCCGAACUUGCCCGGACCACCUCCACGAGCCACUCUUGCUCAGAACAUACUGAAAGAAGCAUUGCUGGAUUAUCAGUGGGACCGGCCUGAAAUUGCUUCUCCGGCAAAGCCGGUGUUGCGGAGCCAGAAAAGCAAAUUAACUGGGACUUCAGAGAAGCCCCUGGAGAGCUCAAAUCCUUCCGAGGGUUUUAUCAACGCUGUUUUUCUCUUCUCUCCCUGCCCUCAUUCCCGGAGGGAACUGCUGCAGUUUGUUUCUGGAAGUCACGCUUCUUUGUCUGAUGAACUGCUCACUUCGCAGGACCUGGCAGAAAAAUUUAUACCCAAGGGGAUUCAGGAAAUGAUGGCGGCUGAGAAAAUCACUUUGCAUUGGGUGGACACUGCUGAUGACUCCACGUUUCUUGAUUCUCCCGAUCAUGUUGGGUACCACCUAUUGGCUGACCUGAUGGACAUCUUGAAGGGCACCAUUUUGCCAUCGGGAAUCUUCAUUCCACGUUUAAAUUGUCACAGAAAAGGGACCUUUCCUUUGGAGUCCGCAUCCCCUGAGCCAUUCUUAUCAUGGGCUACGAUCCUGCCUUUGGAUUCCACCCUGAACUGCCUGUUCUUUUCACCUUCUGCAUUGCAAGCAUCGUUCCCCCAACUGGAAGGAAUGUUAUUUCUCAAGAGUGAUGGAAAACAAAAGCCACAGGGCUGUGCUGUGACCCUGGAGCCCUUGACCGUGAGCCAGAGGUGUUUUGAGAAUCCAGUCAGUAUUUCUCUUCAGUGCGCUGUGGCAGGCUGGGAUGUGACGCAUACUAGGAGCUUCCACACAGAGAGCUGGAUAAUACGGAGUUCACCACUGAGCCAAUCUGCUCAGGAGACGUCUUUGUUUCAGCAUCUUCUAAGGUCCAUCCUGGCCCAAGGAUUACAUCUGGUCGCUGAUGUGUCUCCGUCUGGAUCCUGUUCCCCCCGUACUGGGAUUUUUUCCCCCGUCUCCAGCACUGCUGCCAUUCUUUCUCUUCUCUGUGCUGAAAGAACGCCUGAAGUGGGGAGAUGCCUCCUUCAGACUGCUGAGGAAGGGAACCUUUUGAAGGCGGAUGACCUCAGCUUCCCCGAAACGGUGAGCAGCGUGCUCAGUCAAGAAAAUGACUUGAAAGAAAGCUACCCAGCUAGUCCUGAGACUCCACUUCCAGAGUGGGCCCAGCAGGAGCUGUCUCGGACUCAUCGCUGGAGCCCCGUAGUGAUCGAAGGCUGGUACCCUUUCUCAAACCUCUGCGGAGCAAGCUCCCCUCUGAUGGAAUCACUAAGGUUGCUGCAAGCAGCUCCAGCUACUGUGGAAGAGACCCCGAAGCCCGAAAUGGAGCUGACCCAGAGCCUGUCCGAAUUUUACCAGCGGAGAGCCUCUGAAGUCUCCGCUACAUCUCGUCGACAGGAUCACAAAAAGAGGCGUGGAGCUCCCCGGACUCCUGUCAGGCAGAAGAUGAAGACUAUGCCUCGCUCCCUUCAGAUGCUGAAUGCCGCCAGGCUGAACGUGAAAGCCCAAAAGCUCCAGCCGGAUGAAGAGCUGGCAGUCAGCGAGAAAGCCUCAAGGCCAUCAUUGCCUAGAAGAUCGGAUGAUGGAGGGGAAGAAAAGGGAAGAAUUGUGAGAGCUAAAUUAGACUUCAAAACGGAGGAAGAGAUGGUCUCCUACGCAACCACAAGCUACCAGAAGGCGGUGGCCGACGGAGAAAAUUUGUCCUCAUGUGCCCGUGACAUUGUGGCAGCUAUGAACAUUUUUCAGAUAACAAAUGACGUCCGAGAGAAAGCGGCCGCCCGUACAGGAGCAAUUCGAAGCAGUCUCCUGAAGAACAGCAAAGCCCUCCGUCAACAGCUGGGCAACGUCCCUGAUAAGCAAGUCAAAGUCAGAGAGUGCCAGCUUCAGGUGUAUUUGCGCCUGGAGAUGUCCCUGCAGUGCCCUUGGGUACAGGACAGCACAGAUGAAAUGGAGCAGCUCGUCGAGGAGGCGACCGAAGUGCUGCGGAUCUUGUGCUUGGCUGAAGACCCGGCGUACCUCACCAGGUUUUUAGAAGACGCGGUAGAAAUGUAUAUGGAAUCGAUACCGAAAACCCUCGGGAGCUUGUACUACAGUCUGGGGACGCAGGUUCCCCCCAAGCUGGCCGCCCUCCUGCCAGCAGACUUUUUUGGUGACGAUUCCCUAAGUCAGGAAAGCCAAGCCCCGUCCCUUCCUGCUUCUGCAGCUUCUGACCUGGCUGCCAGGUCAGGUUCCGUAAACAACGAGGCCGAAAAGCUGGAGGAGCUCCGCACCAGAUCAGCCAAGAAAAGAAAGAGUACGUUAUCCAGGCACCGAAGUGUGACCGAAGCAUCACUGAACUUGCGCCAGAUAGAGAUCCCUCAAGUACCCAAAGCUCGUACUAGGAAGGACAGUUCUCGUGCGUCACUUGACCUGAAACCGUUUCCAGCAGCACAGAAAACACCAGUGCAAGAAGUGACGAAGGUGCGAAGGAACCUUUUCAACGAGGAGAUGCAGUCUCCAGCCAGAAGAUCCUUAAAAAGGAUCCCUCGAAGCCAGUCAGUGUCUGCUUUGGAAGGGCUGAGAAACAAGGACAGCCAAUCUAAUGAAGCCUCUAGAGAUCAUCACAAGCUCCUGACCAAGCGGGUGGCCGAGACGCCGCUGCACAAGCAGAUCUCCAGGCGGCUGCUGCACAGGCAGAUCCAAGGCCGGUGUUCAGAUCCUGGGUCUGAAGUUGGUGUUGUAGAAGAGUCUCCUGAAAAAUCUCUGACCUGUGGCUUGAGACGGAGCCCUCGGAUCAAGCAGUUGUUGCUGGAUAGAGCUCUCUCUGGGUCCUUCCCGUCCUCCCAGGCUACCAUGAAGAACGUACAGCAGGUGCCUUCUGCACAUCUAGAAGGGCCAGGCACUCCAGAGGAUUUAACAGGGCGGGCUUUGCCGUGCCCUAAAAAAUCCAUCCAGUCCCCCAAGAGCCUUCUCUUUGGAGCACUUCAUGAGGCACCCAGAUCUGGAGGGACAGAGUCAAGCAGUACAAGGAGAAAAUCGUUCGCCUCGGAUGAUCCUGUUGCUUUCCAGACACCCAGGAAAACUCCUCGCCGGUCUUCUCCAAGGCUCCUCAGCCUCCCCGGCAACAUUCUGAGAAGAUCUCCCCGGAUUCGAGAGAAGUCUCAGCAGACCCUUCUGAAAAGCCCAGUCCCGAAACAGAGCGUGGCAAAGAAUUUGGGCUGCCUCUUCUCCCCUCCCAAGCGGAAGAGCCAGCCUUCGCCCAUGUCCACUGAGAAGGAAGGGGAAUCUCUGGCGCUCUCCGCUCUGCCCAAGGAGAGCUUUUCUUCCCCUCGCAGAGCUUGGCGGCUGCGCACUCCAGGAAAGCAGGAGACGGGGGAAGUGCUCGAUGAGGUGUUUGGUUCACCCACAAACAGUUCCCAUCCAGCUUCUUAUUUCAUGGCAACAACCCUGCUUCCGUUGAGUCCCAGGGGAAGAUUUCCUUCUCCGCUACUCUCCCCUAGGCGAUCCUUGAGAACUCCCCAGAAACCAACCUCUCCAUCUUCUGCUUGGAAGAGGCAAGAGAGACCUGAGGAAGAAAGACAGAGAGAUCUGAAGUCUCUUACGCCGUUGAAAUCAGACUCUGCGCUAUCAGACCGAUUCUCCAGAAAAUCUCUAGGUGGGCCUUCGGAUCGGUCUUUGAGCCCCACGGUUGCUGGGAUUGCAGAGUCCUUCUCUUCACAUCCAUCACUAUCCAGUUUUACCUCUUCGCCGGGCACACGACUAAGGUCAGGUUACGUGAUCUCCUCUUGUGGAACUCCAGAGCGGGUCGGAGAGACUCGCACACCCAAAAAACUGCAGUUGAAACCUCAGUGCGUGUCAGGCACCACCCCAACAAAAUCUACCGAGUCCCCUUCCUGCGUGUCAGAAGACCCCUUGCAUGCACACGGACGUAAGGGGGAACCUCCUCGGUGGGAUGUAAGCGUCGGUCUUUCCGCUGAAACCGAUUCGCUCUGCAAACCUAGGAUUAUUGAGAGUGUGGUGCCAAGAGCUGAACCCUCUUCAGGAAUGGUGACCCCUAGUAAGAGAGGUUCGGAGAGACACCUGCCUCCUGCACUCUUGGCUAGAGAUAGUGUGUCUAUCCUGGAUUCCAUAGUGGCAUGCGAGGGCAUAGAUCUCUCUGAUUUAGCCAACACACGGAGCCAAAUCUCCCUUUCAAAUAGUUCUCCAGGGCAACAAGCCCCAAUGGCUUUACGAGAUAACAUUUUGCCUGCAGCAAAGUGUUCGGACCCACAGCCGCCUUUUUUUCAAACCCCUCCCAGACGCACCGCAAAAUCCUCAGCCCCAAAGCUUGGCUCGCGCACCUACACGCUGCGCUGUACCGCCGACAGAAGGCAGCGGGAGGCCACUGCUCGACUCGGCAGCCUCGAAACCACACCCAACUUGAUCGCUCCCUGGAAUACCGCCACGUUGCCUUCUGAGACGGGGCCCCCUACCUACGAGGUUGAGCUGGAGAUGCAAGCGUCCGGCCUGCCCAAGCUCCGCAUCAAACGGGUCGGCUCUGGGGUACCCAACGAGCCGCCAUCCCAGGCAGAGACGAGAAAACCCAAAGGGGAGGACGGUGAAUUUGACACAGGUGAUCUUUGUGUGAGCUGGUGCGGCAGGCAUCCUGGGAAGCUGGAACCCGUCUGCAUCUCGCCCUCCUGUUGUCGGUCCACCCACAGUACUCCGGGGGAGUUGGGGGGAGGGCAGACCUACAUAUGCCAGUCAUACACCCCCUCUCGCUGCAUCUUGAGCUCCACUCCCCCGUCUGACGGCUGCGCUGGUGUCUCUUGGACCCCCUCCCCGAAGCAGAAAGUCAAAGUGACCCCCGAAGCGAUCAAAGACUGGCCGCGGAGGAAGAGGGCCGUGGCCAGCUGCAACAAGAGUGAGAGACAGGCGGAGCUCGCUGUGGAAAUACUGGCCACUGACGAGUGGGGAGGGAGAACUGCAGAGCUCCCUGGUGGCAGCAAAGCCCCGGCGGGGGGAGAGUUUGGACUGGAGGGAAUCUACAGGCUCCAAGACCAGUCGCCAUGCAGCGACACAGAAACGGGCAGGGAUAAGCGCAUCCACAAAGGGGCUUUUGGAUUAAGGUCCAGGAAGAGGGUCUUUGAACACCUGUCUCCAGAGGAGGAAGCCAGCUGGGAGACAAAACGGGCCCGCCCAGUCAGAGGGGACUCCGUCGUGUCCGUUCACCCAACGGAACUGUUCAACGGAGGCCAAGAGCGAGCAUUGUCGAUUGGAGAAAACCUGGACAAAGAGGAAGCCUUCGACUUUACAGGUUUAACUCCACCCGGUUCUUCUGUGAAGAGCUCCAUCUCCGCUAGCAGUCUUCGGGCACUGACGCUGUCCCCCCUGCUUUAUCAGGGACGAGCCACAUCCCGGAGGAAGCGCCCCCCAGAAGACAGCUCCGAGUCGGGAGCAGCCGGCGAAGACCUCUCCCCAUUCAAAAGCGCACCCUCCAGACGGCGUUCCCUCAGCCGGACCUACUCAAGGAAACGCCUGCUAAGCUGA